AGGGAGAGCUGGUGGAGGUGGAGGGGAAGAUCAAGAAGUGUGUCUCAGAGAUACAAGAAGAUGAGGAGAGUAUACAUGAAAAUUAUAAGAGGAUUGCUAAUAUACGAGGACGAGGAGAGGAGAGACUGAGAAAGGAAGAAUCGAAGCGGUUGUUUAAUGAGGCGAUGAAGCACGGACACGUCUUGGUUAACAUUGUCAACAUGCUCAUGUUUGGACCGGCGGGAACAGGGAAGACCAACCUCAAGUACCUGCUAACCGACAAGCCCCCUCUGCUACAGCGUGACAGCACUCCUUGUAUGGAAAAGCCAGUACGCAUUCGACCCGUGUCCAACACAAAAUUCAAGUCAACUGGAAGAGGCUGGGAAGAGAUGUCUCAGCCAAAGCUGCGCAAGCUACUUGCUGAAAUCAUCACUAAGUUACCAAAAGAAAGCGCCGAUCCAUCCACCGUAUCAAGGGUUGCCGAGAGCUUGAAGAAGAUGACCACAACCGAGCUAAUUUCUGAUUCCGAUGAGCAAAUUUCUGGUUCCAGUUCGAGCCCAUUGAGGAGGAUCGAUUCCGAUACACUUUCUGGCUCUGCAAGAAAGUUGAAGAAAGCCGUUGAUGAAGUGAUUGCGAGUGUAGUGAGUGGUGUGGCAGAAGAGCUGAAGCCAGCCACACAGGGAACUGACCAACUGUCGAGCAGUGACCAGCAAGAAGGAGAACUGUUUGAUUCCAACUGGGUGUACGUUACCGACUGUGGCGGCCAGCCGCAAUUCCACGACAUCAGCCCUCUCUUCAUCAAGCACAUUUCGGUGGCGUUGAUAGUCCUGCGUUUGAUUGACGAACUCUCCAGUUUCCCUUCUGACGAGUACUACAAGGAUGGGCAGCUUGUUGGUAGUCCUCGUGCAUCUCACAUGACCCUCGGGGAGACACUUCAGAGUCUCAUUCGAUCGAUUGAGUCCCAUACCUCACAAGACAAGAAGCCAAGUAUGAUCUUUGUGGGCACAUUCUUGGAUCAACUGGAUGAGAGCUCGGAUACACUUAUCAAGAGGAAUCAAGAGAUUCUCGACAUGCUGCCACCCGAUAUCAAGAAGCUAUUGGUGUACAACGAUUCUGGAUUGAACAAUCUUAUUUUUGGUCUCAACACAAUCAGCCGAGAUGACGAUUCACUGGCCACUGCCAAUAGGAUUAGAAUUACUGUUGAGGACUCUAUUCCGCUACAAGUCAAAAUGCCCAUCUGGUGGUCCUUCUUGGAUUCACUUCUCCAGAGUUUAUCUGCCAGUCUCGAGCGAGGUGUAUUAAGCAUUGGAGAAUGUCUCCAAUUAGCCACUCGAUUUGGUUAUUUGCUCAAAGAUCUUGAAGCUGCUCUGGUCUUCUUUGACAACGUGUGUAUAGCACACUACUAUCCCUCCAUUCUCCCCAACACAGUGUUUGUGGAUGCCCAGAUUCCACUAGACAAGAUCACCGAGCUCUCACAGCACGCCAUCUUCCUGAGGAAUGCUGAAGUCAAGUCACGCUCUACUCUAAGCACAGGAAUGACCAAGGCCGAGUGGAAGAGAUUUCGAGAUGAGGGCAUAGUCACUUUAGGGUUCCUUCGAUUCUUUAAAAAGCAUUACGUUGAAGGCAUCUUUUCUCCAGAAGAUAUGCUGUUGAUCAUGAAAGAUCUUCUCGUGAUUGCUCCCAUUCCACUAGUGGAGUCCACUACCCACCAAGCCGAGUUCUUCAUGCCAUCUCUACUCACAUCAAUCCCACCUGCUGAGCUAGACAAGAUUCGUUCCUCCUUCACAAUAUCACCCUUCGCUAUCUACUUUCGUAGUGGGUGUAUUCGCUCUGGAGUAUUUUGCUGUCUAGUUGUGGACGUGAUCAAGAGGUUGGACUGGAAAGUUUUUCUCCCCUCAGGGAAACUAAUCUGUUUUGCUAAAAAUUGUAUCCAGCUAAGAAUUCCCAAGCACCCGUUUACCGUGGCUCUGAUCGACUCCUUCUCGUAUAUCGAAGUGUACAUUGACGUCCCUUUUCCUUUACGCAAUGAAAUAUGCCCUACGAUUCGCAACGAAAUUUUAAGCAGCAUUAAAUUGUCCUGUAAAGCGUUGCAUUACAACAACGACACACCCGAGACAGGCAUCUUUUGCCCAUGCAAGAAGAGCACUGGAAGCAAAUUGCACCUUGCUGAUCUGAGCGAACGGAAGGACUAUUGGAUAUGCUCCCAGGAGGCACGUGUGUAUGGUAAGCUCAGUGACGAACAUAGAAUCUGGCUGGACAAUAGCGAAGGUUCAGGUGAACCAUCCUCUGUUACGAGAGAUGUCACUGAAAGAACAAGUGAUGAGCUGCAAUACCCCGGUAAUUCUGUAAUGGAAGAUGUGUGCUUGAAGACGGAAGUACAUGUGCAUGUUCAUGAUCAGCGAAAUACUUCUAACCCUGCAAUGGAACAUGUGGUCAAUAAAACGAGUGAUCAACAUACCAGUGAAUUCUCCUCUGUUACAGUAAUGGAAGACGUGUGUAAGAAGACUGGAGUGAGGGACCAACAACUAGAUCAAGAAAUCCCUGAGAGUGACAUCAUUCUAAUCGCGGAGAAAUUUCCACACCUGCUGAGCGUGCACAAGGUUUUGACAAUUGACGAUCUGCAACAUGUGUACGAGAAACUACACACUGCACAUGAAAGUGCCAGCCCUCACUGGUUCAAUCUGGGAUUGGCUCUAGGUCUCCAUCAUUCUGUUCUUGCCAUCAUCAAGAUCCAAAAUCAUGAAGAGUGUGUGUCUUGCUUGCGUGAAAUGUUGGUUAAGCUCCUGAGUACACAACAUGUAACAUGGAGUCUCCUGUCAGACGCUCUCAAAAAGCCCACAGUGGAUCUCAUCAAUUUGGCUGAUAGCAUCACAGCCACAACUCCUAACCUGCUGAAUCGACUCAACCUCACCCCAGCUGACCUUGGUGAUGUAACUGAUGUCACACGUUGUUAUGGCAAUCAAGCUGGAGUGGCUCAUGCAUUGGGAGCGUGGCAAAGUGUGAAUCCUUCCAGAGCUACCUUCAGGGCCUUGGUAGAAAUUGCCAUAGGACUGAGAAGAGGAGACACUGCUACAGACAUUUGUAGAUUCAUUGUAGAGAAUACGAGUGGAACUGACCGAAACUGAUUUAUACAUAACGUUUUUGUCUGUAAUGCUUUGCUUUUCUGCACAUUUUUGGUAGUC